AUGUCUAGAUGCGUUUUCUUACAUCGGCCAUCUUUCGGUGAAUACUCGGUUCCACGCGCACCGAUUGAGACAUUGUCCACUCCUCACCUCACAUCCACAAUAUUGAUUUCGUGCAAAGCUCGCAGGGACAGUGCCAGAUUUGGGCGCUACUUCAAAAUCGCAGUGCACUCCACCAAAGAAACAUCGCUGUUUGUAUGUGCCGAAGAUAGCCCGGGCAGUGACAACAAUUACUUUAUCUGGGACACAGCAGACGAAUGGACUAUGCCAUUUGAAUUUACAACACAAGCAGCGAGGAUGCGCGACGCUCAUCCCACUUUCAACGCUUCGUGGGCGCGCUUGGAAAGCGUGAAGCAUCUGGGUAGGUCUGCCAAUGCUGAAAACAACCAAAAGUCCAAGAGAGUGGAAAUAGAAGAGACGAAUUUCUUGUCGUCCCUUUUUAACGGCAAGGAAUAUGGCGAGGCGUGCUGCAACCACGCGAUGGCUUGUUCUGGAGCUAGACACGAGGCUGUGAAGAGUAUUCUGGAGCAUUCCAGAGCGAGAAAUGAAGCCAUUGGCAAACCUCUCGGUCUCCUAUUCGCGAAGAGCAGACCCAAAAGACAAGAAAACGUUUGUGGGCCUGAGAUGUUGCUUAGAUAG